AACCUCUCUUCGUUUAAACCCACAUCAUCUUCAUCAUCAUCAUCAUCAUCAGUAGGGUUUUUCCUCAUCUCCAUUUCCUCUUCGGAUAAACCCUCGCCUCUCUCUCUCCCUCUUCUUCGUCUCCAUCCAAGAUCUCUCCUUAACGCCAUCACUGACCUUAUGGAAGAUGUUUUUUUUUAUCUGCCCUGCAAAUCCAAGGUGCGGAUUUAACUAUUGAUUGAAGUUUUUCCUUGGGGGUGCUCUGGAUUGAUGGGAAGCCAUGACAAUGAAGGGAUGGACUAUGGAACAAAGAAGAAAACCCCAAUUCAACUCCAGUUUCUGGAAAAUUUCUUCUCAGAGGAUAAGUACCCUACAAAAAAUGCAAUGGAAGUCUAUGCUGCAAGACUAAAGCUGACAUAUCAUCAGAUCCGUGGAUGGUUCAUAGAGAGGAGAAGGAAAGAGCGGAAGGAAUAUGCAAAAAGAAAUACUCAGGACAGUGGCAGAACAAGUGAGUCUGGUUGCAACACCAUGACUUGCUCUAGAAAUGAAACAAACGAGAAUACUGCUGUUAGGCAUAGUAGAAUUAGAUCUCUAUCUCAACUGGAACUUGGUGACAAUCUGUGCUCAACACCCAUUCAGUCAAAAAGGGGUGGUAAAAAACUUGCAAAUGAUAGAUAUGCCAAUCAGGAAAACAAGCCACCCGCACGAGCUAAAAGAAAAAAGAAACUAUCAUCAGAUCAACAUUCAUUGAGUAAUGAAUCUUCCUCAAUACAUGAUCGGACUCACGAUACAGAAUCAGCUCUAUUCAAGAUGAGAAAAUGUUUGAAACCUUCCAAGCGUCGGCAUACAAGCCAGGAAGGUGGACCAUAUUUUCAAAAACAGCAUGAGAGGAUUAGAACGUACAGGAGGAUGAACUUUGCCCAUAGUGAUGGCUGUGUUCAGCCCGCAGUACUAUUUUCUAAGGAAUAUAUUAUAAGAAAAGUAUUCCGCAAAGAUGGCCCUCCUCUUGGUAUAGAAUUUGAUUCUCUUCCCUCAAAUGCUUUCAGACAAUCCACAGGACCUGAACAUCUGGGUAUGGUUUGUCGAGGAGAUCAAAAGCAACCACCGAUGGAGAGAGGUACAUGUGAAUAUUCAAUUGAUUUUUAUAUAGUCCAGCUUUAUUUUGGUCAGAAAGUAGUGGAACGCCCAAUCUUUGAUAGUGGAACUCGCCAUGAAGUGAACAUUCAUCCAAAGAAGUAUGGUAUUGGGAAAGGUUUGAUGACAGUUUGGCGUGCGACAAAUGCUAGCAGUUGCAAGCUUCCAGCUGGCAUCCAUAUUGUAGGUGGCAGGGCAACAUGGAAGCCUUUCAUGCCUGAUGCUUCCUCUGAGGAAGCAUUGCAUCGGAUUUCUAAAAGAUUGCAGCAGCAAAAGUUGGUCACACCAAAAAGAUCUUUACACAAGAAGUUACUUGCGAAGAGGAAGACUUCCAUUGAGAAGAGAAAGAAACCUCUUUUUGCAAAAUGCAAACUAUUAGCUGAUGAACAGAAGUCUGUGGAGCAAGUAGAUGACCAGACAGUAUUAGUAGAUGACGAGGAGCUGGAACUUAGGGAAUUGCAGGCAGGGCCAAAUCCUUUGAGAUGUUCUGCCCAUCUUCCUUCAAAUGGGCGGCUUGGUUGUCCACUUUGCAAAGACUUGCUAGCCAGAUUUCCUCCACAAACUGUUAAAAUGAAGCUGCCAUUAUGUACGAAACCUUGGGACUCAUCACAAGAACUUGUGAAAAAACUAUUCAAGGUUUUUCAGUUCUUGUAUACUCAUGCUUCAACGGCAGAAAUAUACCUUUUCACCCUUGAUGAUUUUGCACAAGCAUUCCAUGACAAGGACUCAUUGUUAUUGGCCAAGAUUCAUGUGGCUCUCCUUAAGCUUCUCCUAUUAGAUGCAGAAAAAGUGAUAUCUAGUGAAUUUAUUCCACGAGUUUCAAAGGACUGCAGGUUUCUGGUCUUUUUGCACUUUGUGAAAGAACAAGAAUUUGAUGUUAAAUUUUGGUGUCAAUCUCUUAAUUCUCUUACAUGGGUUGAGAUAUUGCGACAAGUUCUUGUUGCAGCUGGGUUUGGUUUGAAACAGAACACAAUGCGAAGAGAAAAUUUCAAUAAGGAUAGAAAUCGAAUGGAGAAAUAUGGUCUGCGUCCUCUUACAUUGAAAGGUGAACUAUUUCGCAUUUUGUAUGAUCGAGGAAUCACCGGGAUGACAGUUUCUGAGUUGGCAAGAAUUUCUCAGAUUGUGUCAUUAGACCAUUCAACUACAGAAGAAGAAUUAGAACAAGCAAUUUGUUCAACUCUUUCGAGUGACAUUACAUUAUUUGAAAAGAUUGCACCCUCUGCAUAUCGUCUUCGUGUAAAUCCUCAAAUCAAAGGGGCAGACAAUUCACAACCUGAAGAUGAAGACAUGGGAAGUGUGGAUGAUGACUCUGAUAACAUUAACACUAGUAGUGGAAGUGAUGAUUCAGAUGAUUCAGAUAAUGAAAAUAGAAUUAUUCAAUACAAGGUAGGAAAAAAGGGAAGACACCUUAAGGUAACUGAUGAAACUAGCAUUGAUGAGAGCUACUCGGGGGAGGCAUGGUUACUUGGACUAAUGGAAGGUGAAUACUCAAAUCUAAGCAUUGAAGAAAAGCUUGAUGCUUUAGUAGCUCUGGUAGAUCUUGCAGCUUCUAGUUCAAGUUGCCAAAUUGAGGAACCAGUGAGAUCCCUGCCGGCAAUCAUUCCCAAUGCCCAAUAUCAUGGGUCAGGUGGAAAAAUAAAGAAAUCAACAGCAAACCAUCACCAAUUGGCUGAUUCAUCAUUGACAAGGCCCAUGCAUGGGAUAGACAAAAAUUAUUCAUCCCUAUGUUCUUCUAUUGUCAACUCAUCCUCAUUCUUUCAGCAGACAUCUAGAAAAAGGCAAUUAUCUACAACAGGAAAUAAAGGGGCUGCUGGAAAAUCUGAGCCAGAUUCACAUCCAUUAAGGUCAAUAUAUUUAGGAUCAGAUCGUAGGUAUAACAAAUACUGGCUUUUCCUGGGACCCUGCGAUGAAAAUGAUCCAGGUCACCGAAGAGUAUAUUUUGAGUCUUCUGAAGAUGGCCACUGGGAAGUGAUUGAUACGUCACAGGAUUUGCGAACUCUGUUGUCAGUUCUAGAUUGCAGGGGCACACGGGAAGCUCAUCUUUUUGCAUCCUUGGAGAAGAGGGAGGUUUCUCUUGGUGAAGUGAUGGAUGAGCAUAUGAUUGCUGAAACUACCAGCAGGCAGGCUGGAAGAUCAGUUUCAUCUGAGCUGGAUGGUUGUAGCGGAGAUGGAUCUUCGCCUAUUUCUGAUAUAGACAACUUUUUAUUGCCUUCGGAGUCAUCAAAUGCUCCUUCGGCUCCAUCUGGAGCCAUAUUUCUUGAAACCGGCAAGAAUUUUGUCCAAAAAAAGCAAAAAUGGGAUCGCUUACAAGCAUUUGAUAAGUGGAUUUGGGAUUCUUUCUGUUCCAUUCUCAAUUCUGUGAAAUACAGCAGAAGGUCCUACAUGGAUUCCCUAACUCGGUGUGAGAGUUGCCAUGACCUUUACUGGCGGGAUGAAAAACACUGUAGGAUAUGCCAUACUACAUUUGAGUUGGACUUUGAUCUUGAAGAAAGAUACGCCAUUCAUGUGGCAACAUGUAGGGAAACUGAGGGCAGCGGCAUGUAUCCAGCAUUUAAGGUUCUGCCAUCGCAGUUGCAAGCUCUCAAAGCAGCAAUUCAUGCAAUAGAGGCGGGGAUGCCGGAUGCUGCCUUGUUAGGUUCAUGGACGAGGUCAACUCACAAGCUUUGGGUCAAGCGAUUACGACGCACUGCUUCCUUGCCGGAGCUUCUGCAGGUUCUCACUGAUUUCGUUGGUGCAAUAAAUGAAGAAUGGUUACAUGAAUGCGGCGUUCCGAGGUCUAGUACAGCCAUAGAUGAAAUAAUUGUUUAUUUUCAGACUAUGCCACAAACGACAUCUGCAGUUGCACUUUGGAUGUUUAAACUUGAUACUUUGAUCGGCCCUCAUUUGGAGAGACUCCAGCAAGAGAGAACGCCCAGAAGAAUGGCUCAGGAGAAACGAAGACGAACCUGCACAAGAUAGCUAAAGAUUAAAACAUCAAUCCCAUUCUUCUCAUCACAGAUAGCCUAUUUGGCUAGAUUAGGAAAUCCAAAGUACCACAUAGAUUCACUGGAGGCUUUCGAUUAUCCUCGAGGGCAUCUGGUAGCAUAUUUAUAGUUAGGCCUCAAGUGAUAUUUUUGGCCACGCAAUGUGGAAGUCCUCGUUCCUGGAGGCCAUCAAAUGCUUGUAGAAACUGCUGUAAGAUCUCACCAAGUUGAUCAGUGUCAUCGAGUUAAAUAAACUAGCUUGGCUGCUGCAGGCGUUGCUUAAAACCGAUCUUCUCUUCUUAUUCCGAACAUCUGACAUCCAAUGGGUUUUUUUUUGAAGCUUCAAAUUACAUGCAGCGAUGAAAGCCUGACCUUGUUCUUACACAGCAAAAAUUGAUGUCAAUAUUCACCAGUCAAUUCAUAUAGUUCUUACAUUUUUGGUAGUCUCUCUGUUUCUUUUACUGAUGUUUGCUUUCGCAUUGUUUUUCCUAUUUACAGAAUAAAAAAAAAAUUAUCGUUUUGCUCCGACCUGGCAGGAGAAACUUAAGUUAAUUGUUGCCGGUGUUAAUUCAGGGUGACAUGCAUCAGUCUAAGUUUGUGAGCUGUGGUUCUUUCAGUUUAUUUGGUUUCACUGCUUUUUGUUCAUGUUCUGUUAACAAAUCUAAUGUCAUUUGGUUCCUUGUGUUUUUUUGGUUGUGAGUUGCUAAACAGCAGCAUGAUUGCAGAAGGAAAGAUAAAGAAGUUUAUUGAA